AUGUCUGAACCGGUUCUUUCCAAUCAUGUACCGGCUUUGGAAACUGGAUUCACCCCAUGGGACGACGCAUCGGAUCUAUUCUCCAUUUUUAAUUCACCGGUUCGUCCCAUGGAAGUCAAUCCUGGUUUAGAUAAAAUAAACCCAACUCAAAUCCAGAACCAACGUUAUUCCAGUCCGGGUUUUAAAGACAAACCCUUGAAACACACUGGUUCGAGCGGUGUCUCUUCGGAUAAAGACGAUCGGCGAAAGAAACGAAAGCUAUCGAACCGAAAAUCAGCUCAACGGUCGAGGAUCAAGAAACAAAAACACCUAGAAGACGUGAGAAGCAAACUUAACCAGCUCAAAUUCGAGAACCGAGAAUUGAAAAACCGGCUCCGGUACGUUUUGUACCAUUGUGAACGUGCGAAGAUGGAAAGCGAUGGUCUACGGUUAGAACACCGUGCUCUCCACGAGAAGCUCUUGAGCUUACGACAAGCUUUGGUCAUGCGUCAAAUCCAACAGAACUCAACGUGUGCUACGUGGUCGUCUGUUAAUACUACUGUUGUUACAGUCCAACGAAAUCCUUCUAUGAUGAGAGAUCACGUAAUUUAA